AUGGCUGGAAAAUUCCGUGGGGUAUUUAAUUUUGCGGAUUUUGUGGAUAAAAAGGCUUCUUUCAUUUGUUCCUAUCAGCAGAAAUUAAGUUCUGAGCAGCAAAAAAGUUUCACUCAAUAUCACCUGAUUGCUCCAGAUGACCCCAUUACAAAUCCUGAUUAUUCUUCUCUUGGUUUAAUCAGUGCAAGUUUAUCAAAUAAAAAAACAACUUAUCAUGGAGAAAGUCGUUAUCUUCUAUUUUUGACUCAAAACUAUUCUUCACUUCAAGUUUUCGAGCAUUAUAUUGUGACAAAGUGCUUGCAAGAUUUCAACACCUCACAGUUCUCACUAGAAAGCAGCAUUCAACAAGCUGAGCCAUUUGUUCUGUUUGGCAGUAGUUUUCCCAAGGACAAAGAGUUUACCCAGGUUCUUGAGAUCAGUAAAAGACUGCUGUUGCAGAUAGCUUCUCCAGAUGCUAUAGUCAGGAGCAUUUAUAAUGAUUGCAUGAAUAAGAAAUAUCAACAAAUAUAUUUUGUACAUCAAGAGCAUUCAUCACUUGCAGACCUCAUCAACAGAAUUCCUCCAGAUAAUCAAACACUAUUACAGGUGACUACUCAUGCUCCAAUACUCUCACAAACUGAAUUUGAGGAAUUAGGAAAUCACAUUCAAAUUGAAAAGGAAAACAUGACUAGACUUUAUUUAGAAGCAUUUCAAACUGAGCAGGAUUUUAUUAAUAGCAUUGAUAUAAUGAUAAGAAAUGGUGAGUCUCAUGAACAUUGUGUCAUUUUUGAAUGUGAAAGAGCUCAUGAAAAUGGAAAUUUAAUUUCUUGUUGUCGGUAUCAUCUUACUGACAAAUUCAGAGAAGCUGCUAAGUCAGGCUAUUUGAGCACUAGAUUCAUUCUCCUCAUUCAUCUGCCAAAGAAGUGUUUAAAGUCAAACUUUGUGAGCUUUCAAGGGCAUCCUUGGCUAUGCUAUCAUGUUGAUGCUAUAGUUCCAACUGAGAAUUCAGUACCUUUAAAUCAGAUCCUUAGUGGUGAAGUGUACUCUAUGAGUGACAUUUAUUAUGAUGAGAAAGAUUAUGCUUUGACUGAUUCUUUAGCUAGUGUUGGUGAUACUAAUGACUGUCAACCAUUUGAAAAUUCCCAACUCUUACCAUGUACAAAACCUCAGAAAAUAGACCUUUGUAAACGAUUGUAUCUGCAAAUAUCAAAAGCUGCAUCAAAUCCUGAGCAAGUUAAUCAACUAUCACAAAUCAUUCCUCAAAAAAUACUUUUCCCACUUAGAACAGAUGAAACCACAUUUCAUUCACAAACUAUUCGUCUCAUUAAGGGCAUACUCAAGGAUAGAGAGUUAAAAGAGGGUACAAAUGCUCUACAAAAAUGGAUACUAGAUGAAUCUAUGAAUAUGACUAAACUUCAAGAAGCUGGAACAUUUCAAAAUGCUGUAGUGAGGAGAUUUGAUGAUAUUAUCAUUCCAAUAUUUGCGAAAAUUAUCUCUAUUAUUGAUAAAUAUGCAAAUUUGAAAUUAUUAUCAAGAAUUGAAACUGAGUUAGAACAAUUGUGGCUUAAUUUGUACAACUCUAAUUAUUUCACUCGACUGGUAAUAUCAAAGCUUCAAUCUACACCAGAUGAUGGUUUCAGUACAAACACUGCUUCAUCAAAGCAGUUUUCAUGCCAUUUUCCAUUUUUCUGGCUUUUGAAUGAUAUUGUUAAGGAAAAUCCGAAUAAAGAUUCUGAGGAACUUAUGGCACUAUUACAGGACAAAGACUAUGAUUUGUUCAAAAACUUUGAAAGUUUACCAGAAAAUACUAUUAGUUCCCUUGCAAGGUUUUAUGUUCAUGAUUUUGUUCACCUUUUGGACACUAAAGGACAAGCAGUGGAUGAAGUGUAUUAUGAGGUUUUGGAGGAAUGUAUGAUUACUAUGUCAGGAAUAUUCUCUUCUAAUGAGCUUAAUGUCACUUCACUGUUUCAAAUAGUUUUUAAUGUACGGAAGGUUUAUUUUGAAAGCAAUUCAUUUUUUGAUUUGUUUUUUGAGCUCAUAAUGCUAGUGCCAUCUACUAUCUACAAAAUGAAAUCAAAGCGAAAUGAUUCAAAUAUUCAAAUACUAUUAGUUGAGGCAUUAGAAAUGGUUUUAAAUAGCCCAUUUUUAGAUGUGCAGGUUCCACUCAUGAGUAAGAAAGGGGUAUCAUUACAAGAAUGGAUGCAAAGGCAGUAUGAGUCUCAUAAAGUCAUUUCUAGUAUUGUUGAAGAAUGUUUGAUUAUACCUCCAAAAGUAAUCCUAAAAUGGCAACGGAUUUGUGUGAUGAAACUGUUUUUUGAGUACGUUGUAUUGCCAAACUAUAAAGACACAAUAGUUUUUGCUGGAAGAUUUGAGAAGUUUUUAGCAAAAAUUGAUCAUUUUCAAAGUUCUGAUGCUCUAAACAUUGUUGCUCACUUACUUUUUGGAAUUGAGAACGAAAUUAAAAAACUGGAAGCAGAAAAAUGGCAGAUGAUCAAACAAAGCUGUUGGUCCUUCUUCUUGGAAGUGUUGUCUUCACUUUGCUUUGAUGGAAACAUUUAUAAUGAGAAAUUGGUUGAUAGUCUAAUUCAGGCCGUAUUCUCAACCUCAACUACUCCACAUGAUUGGAAAGAUCAAAAGCUGUGCACUUAUUUGCAUAAUCAUAUGGAAGAAAUGACUUACUUGCAGUUCUUUACAAUUAAGCUCAUCCUGAAAUACGAGUGUAUUACUAUACAAAGUAAACUGAGUAAUACAAUAGAAAAAAAUACUCUACCAAAUCUCCAAAACUUUAUUGGAAUAGUUCUAGCAAAUAUGAAGGCUACUGUAGCAAUUCUGAGUGGGGAAAUCAUUUCUGUUACAGAUAAUUUGUUAGGUGAAGGACACAGCCUGUUGAUUCAGUCUAAAACAUCAUUGUUAUCACAGUGCUUAGCAGUUGCAAAGUUUACAAGUGGACUUGAACUUUCAGCAAAAAAAAUACAUGAAUCAGUGCAUAAUCCACUCUUUGAUAUUAAGGCUGAUCCUGAUAUUGCUUAUCUCUUUAAUGAAGUUGAAAGUUAUUGUUUAGCUAAUGAUCUUAAUGAUGAUCAAACUACUGAAGGACCAUUAUGGUAUCUCAUUCGCUAUAUUAUAAAAACUUUUGGUAGCAUAUCAUUGAUGAAAAUAUUCCGAAACUGUUAUUUCAAUUGGACUUCGCCAUCUGAAAACUUUAGACAAAAUGAAGAGUUUAUGGACAUUGUUGCUAUAUACAAUCCUACUUAUCAAGUUAUCAGAUCUGCCAUUAGUAGAGCUGCAACAGGGGAUUUUGGUGAACUAAAUUUAACAGUUAAUGAUCUUGAUUCUACAUUUGCUGUUCCACUUGCAUUAGCUUUAUUUGAAAGAGUAAAAUUAAGCUAUGCAACAGAUAAUCCUUCAAAAAAGCUUUCAUCAGAAAUUUUAGAGAAUUUUAGAGGUUUUGCUAAAACCUGCCAGCUUUUUACAAAAGACCAAGAAGUCCUACAUAUUGUUGAUGAACUCCUUCAAAAUCAGCAAUGCAGCAUUUUCCCUUCAAUGCAAGCUAAAAAAGAUGAGCAUGAAGAUUCAAUAUAUCAAAUGAUAGUUGUCCAUUCAGUUCUUACCAUACUUACUAACAGAAAAACUGGACAUAUGAAAAUGUUAUUAAACUUUAUUUCAUCACCAGAGACACUGAAAGACUUACUGUUGCCUGCUAUGCCUAUAAAGUUGUCAAGUACUAAAGAAGAGGAAGAAGGCAGGGAGGAAAGCUUUCUUCAGUGCAACAAUGGCCAUCAAUACACAGGCAUUAUGUUGGAGUCAUUUUGUAUCCACUGUGGUAGAAUUAUACAAUAUUCAAGUAAAUCAUUGGCUCCAGUAGAUAAAUUCACUAAAAAUGAAGCUUCUCCUGGAUAUAUACCUUUAAAUGACAUGGAAAGAAACCCUCCAACUGGUUUUCUUUCUAAUGCUUCAUAUGCAAUCAUUAGGUGCAUUAUGCACUCAUGCUUACUAUGGUCAUCCUGCAAUGGAAAGAAUAUUUCACCACUGAUGAAUGGAAAACUGGACCUAUCUUCACCAGAGUACAAUUUAUUUUUUUGGGAUCAAAUAAAGAAAGAUAUACAACAGUUAUCAAGCAUUACUGGUCAUUCUAUUGAUGAAGCUGCAUUGUUAGUUCAUUUAGUGUUAAAGCAAAUCAAUGAGAAAGGACAUCAUGUGCAACUAACAGGACAAAAUGUUGUUGGUAAUUUAGUAAAACUAGAUGAUAGAAGAAAAUGGGAGAAACAGUUUUAUGAUUGUUACAUUGAACCUGUUGUCAAAGAUACAGGGUCUAGCAUUCAAAAAAUGCUAAAAGAACUAACUGCUAGAGAUUACAGCAAAUUAUUUGGAGCUGUGUACAUGACUCCAAUGACAUCAUCAAAGCCAUUUUUAUGGAAUGUUUAUCCUACAUUGACUUCACAACAAAUUUGUGGGCAGUUACUGACCAUAAAAGUGUCUGAGCAGCAUCCUGUAAUCUUCACAUAUCUUUCUGAAGCUCAUAGGUUUCAAGCAAUGAAAUUUUUACCAGAUAUUAUUAAAAUGCUGAAGAUAACUCAAAAAGCUAUCUCACAAUUUGAUUAUGAUGAAAAGACACAAGGAACUAUUGAGAACAUGUCAUUUGGAGAAUUUGUUAAUCAAAUUGAUGACCAACAAAAAGAUGAUUAUGAAAGUUUUUUUGUUUCUUUUCAGCAAGCUUGGGAAUUAUGUCAUCAUGAGCUUGAUAAUGAGCGAUUGUUUGAGUUAAAGAACAACAGCAUUCAAGCAGAAAUUUCUAAAAAAAUGAAAAUGAAGCACCUCAUACCAACAACCUAUGGACCUGGAGUCAUCACCACUGGAUUAAUUGAUCAUCUUGUCAUUAGUCAUAACAAGUUCAUUAGACUUUGCUGCAAAUUUGUGGAAGAUUCACUUAAAAAAAAUUGGCUGUGGCAAAGCCCAAAGGUGCCAUUGCAAGAGUUAAAUUCUAAGCAUUUUGUGAAGUGUUCUGAUGAAUUUGUCAGGCUAGUUCAAUCUCAUAGUGUAUACACUAUCUCUAAUGGAAAUGUUACUAUUCAAAUAAAUGAUCUUGGAAUCAUUGAAAGAGAUUUUGUUCAAGAAUUUGUAUUAGGAAAACCAAUUAUAACCCAAGUAUUAGAUAUUCCGCAGGUUAUAUGGAAACGUCCUGUUCUCAAUACACAAAUCAUUGCAGCUGUUAAAAAAAAUAUCACUCAACAAGCACUGCCUCCUCUAGUGCGGUCAGGGAUUUUGAUGGAUCUCAAAAAUAACUUAGCUGAGAUGACAGUUACAUGUGAGACAGUUGAGACUGUAAUGAGAUUUCUUCAAAGAAAAAAAGAGCCAUCAAAAAAGAAACUAAAAGAAUAUGUAGAGAAAGAAUUAAUUAUUAUUGGUAAACUAAGAAGUGAAAAGAUUACUGACUUCUGCUGCUUAGAACAUGUUGUACCAUUAUGGAGGUUUUUGAAUGUUGAACGUGCUAAAUACAGAGUUCGAAAUGAAGAGGAUCCAUUCACUGUUAAAUCAGAAUUUAUGGAAGAACUAGAUGAUGAACAACAAAAAGUAUCUCUUGAAGCAGCAAUCAGUAAAAUGACUAACAUAGAUAAUAUGCUGGAAGUGAUGUACGAGAUGAUACAAACCUAUGUACAAACAUGUCAUCUGGAAGACAAGCAUAAACAAUUGAGAGUAGUCUUGUUUGACUAUGUGUAUCAAACCAAGUCUGAGUCUAUUUUUUAUCUUAUGGAGUUGUUUCCUCCUGAUAUUAAACUAAGUCAAGUUGCUUGUACAUGGAAGGAAAUAGUCCAUCUUCAUGAUGCAACAAAGAAAAAGAAUCGCUAACUUUACAUGUAAUUAAUUAGGCCUUAGUGUUAUUAAUAGCCAACUUAGUACAUUGUUAGACUUAACUAAACUAGCUAGUAUAUAGUUCUAUUUGCUGAUUAAGUUUUUUGCUGCUCUCUAAUUAUUAUUAAUAUUUAACAAUUCUAUUAAUUGCUUUGUAAAAAAUAAGCA